GAUCGCUUUAUUGACUCAAACCGACUUAAAUAAAGCAUGUAGCACCUAAACGCAGACAUGUUGGCGGACGUGCUUGCAGACCCGACUCCGCCAUGUCGGCUUCUUCAGAGCGGCUGCUGGUUGGUUGUAAUCUCAGUUACCCGGAUGGACCCGUGGGGUAACUACGUCAUUGUUCACCGCCGGACGCUCUCUGGAUAUUAGAAUGGACGAACACAACUAAAUCUUAUUAAUAAAAUUACAGAAAUGAACAAUGACCAUAGUUGACAAACCAUCAGAGAAAUCUGACCUUGAGUCAGUGCGGGGCAAGCACUCCAGCUCCCUGACUCCCAUAACCUCUAGAGACAUGGACGGCAGCAGUUCCAGCUGGAGUGUAAGCUCUUCUGCCACAGAGCUCUCAAGGGCCAAGACAGCCUGUAUGGCUCCCAGCAUCGGAGCAGCUGUGUACGACAGCAGCACAGUACUUCCGACUGAGAGGCCCAAGGAGCAAGUGGUGAUGUCCUGUGGGGAUGGCAUCGCUCUUCCUCAGAAAGUCCUGUUUCCACCAGAGCGUCUCAGCUUGAAGUGGACCCAAGUCCAUCGAAUUGGAGCAGGUCUCCAGAACCUGGGCAACACAUGUUUUCUCAAUUCUGCUCUUCAGUGUCUUUCCUACACUGCUCCCCUUGCCAAUUACCUGCUUUCCAAAGAGCAUUCCAAAACAUGUCAUGAGCCUGGGUUCUGCAUGUUGUGUACAAUGCAAAACCACGUUAUCCAGGUGUUUGCCAACUCGGGAAAUGUCAUCAAACCCAUUAGCGUGUUGAAUGAACUUAAACGGAUUGCAAAGCAUUUUCGUUUUGGGAGUCAAGAAGAUGCACAUGAGUUCUUGCGGUACACCGUGGAUGCUAUGCAAAAGUCCUGCCUGCCUGGAAAUAAACUGGACAGGCAAACACAGGCAACCACUCUGAUCCAUCAGAUAUUUGGAGGCUAUCUGCGGUCCAGAGUGAAGUGUCUGAAUUGCAAAGCGGUGUCAGAUACAUUUGAUCCUUAUUUGGAUAUUGCACUUGACAUUAAGACUGCCCAGAAUAUUACCAAAGCUUUUGAGCAGUUUGUUAAGCCUGAGCAGCUUGAUGGGGACAAUGCCUACAAGUGCGCUAAAUGUAAGAAAAUGGUUCAAGCUUCAAAGAGGUUCACCAUUCACCGCAGCUCCAAUGUGCUCACUGUCUCACUAAAACGCUUUGCUAACUACAAUGGAGGCAAAAUUGCCAAGGAUGUGAGAUACUCUGAGUAUUUCGACAUGCGACCAUUCAUGUCCCAGUCCCAUGGGGAGCCACAGUUGUACUGUCUGUAUGCUGUGCUGGUACACUCAGGCUUUAGCUGCCAUGCUGGACACUACUACUGUUAUGUAAAGGCUAGUAAUGGGCAGUGGUAUCAGAUGAAUGAUUCAUCAGUGUCCGUCAGUGACAUAAGAUCGGUGCUGAAUCAGCAGGCAUACUUGCUGUUCUAUAUCAGGUCAACAGAGCAAAAAAGUGGCGGAGAUUUCAGCCACAUGAAUCGUGCUCCAGGCCAGUCGUCCCCUCGCCCAGUUGUAACACCCAAGAUAAAUGGGCUUCAGUAUACCUCCACAUCCUUCAUUGGGCCACAGCUUCCUCCUCACAUGUUAAAGAGUAACUCUUAUGUCAAUGGGAAUGGCUCCUCGAAGGAAUACCUCAAUGGUUCCAAGCCCAGCAGCAGUUUAAGCAGCGGCAUGACCAAAACAGGCUCCAGUCUGUCUGUCUCUUCUUCUUCUACGUCCUCUUCCUCCACAACGCAUCAGCUUCUCCAUCCCUCGGGCAUCUCUGAGCCACCAAAGAGGCCCAAGCUGACCUUUCACAUUGGCCAGGGAAAGACGGCACGUCCCAGCCAGACCCAGCCUAGCCCUAGCUUUUCUGCGACCUCAGCUACUCAAGGUCACCCACAGCCCUCAUCUUCAUCACUGUCUACCUCAGACCCCCAGCACCCUGUGCAGGUAAACGGGACGCCUGCUAGUUACAGCGGAGCAGCUUUCCUGGUUCCCUACAGCCAGGAGUCAUCCGAGGAGUCCGACCAGGAGGGUGGAGUUUUGGACAAUGGUAAAGCUAAGCCUUACAACAUUGCCAAGGCAGCCAAUGGGAAAAAUGGGAUGAAUAGUGUCCUUUCCCAUAGCUCUAGCUUGCUUGCCCCUAAAACCAACAGCUCAAACAGCUUCUCUGUGACACACACGCAUGAAAAUGGAUCAGGACACAGUGCUCAGAAUGGACAUCACAAAGUCAAUGGCUUCAAACAUGCUGAUAAGGCUACAGGAAGUAUAGCUUCUGCAUCUUCCAUCAUCAGCUCUUCUAACAGUUUGGAUGCCCAGCCCAGACCCAGUGUGACAUGCUCCAAGCCUGUGAGUCCUGAUCGCCCCCACUGUCCUUUACCAGUCACUGAAAGGACUAAAGUGCUGUCUGACCCUGUUUCUCAUAAUGUCACGUACUCACCUGGUGCUCAUUCUGCCACCGAGACAAUGGCUAAGUCCACAGAACAGACUACUGACACCCAGGCAGCCUUAACAGACUGUACAGAGUCGGUUCGCUGCCCUGCAGUGGAGAGCACUAUAGGGCCCUCUCAGACCAACCAGUCCAUUCUAAGCCUGCAAGUGAGUGAUGAAUGCGCAGGUCCAUACGGGCCAAAGACAUCACCAGAGGCUUUCAGGCACAUUAUUGGGGGAGGCAAAGAAGAGACAAAUAUGUCUCAGUCAGACAAGCCUGGCUCUCGAGAAGGAAAGAGAUUGGUUGAGGAGCGAGAGAUGGAUCAAGAUAGAGAUUUGGACCGGUCUCAUGUUUCUGUCACCACAAAGGACAGAGAUCGAGACAAAGAGAGGCACAGACAUUACAGAGAUCGUGAGGACAGGAGCAGAGAACGAUAUGGAUAUGGCCAUCGGCUCGACAGAAGCCACCGUGUACCCAGGGAGCGCUCGUCCAGUCGAGAAAGGCACUACCGAGAACGAUCAGUAGAUAGAUACCGGGACAGACAUUCUUAUUACCGACGAGACCACCACUACCAUGACAAAAGAAGCAGGGAUCGAGACAAGGACAGGAGGUACCAGCCCAGUGCCUAUGAUGCUCGGCCUCGCUUCUCUGGCCAUUACUCCCGGGAUGGGGGUUCUAGCCACUGGCGCCGCACUACAGAGGACGGUCGCGACAGGUGGCACUACAGUGGCGAGGAGAGUAGCUCUAGAGCAAAGCCGUCACCCCCUUGUUCCGUCAGCCCGGCAUCCAGACACUCCACAAGAAAACGCAGCCUGUCGAAUGAUGGCAAAGCGUCCGAGGAGCGCAGAGCCAAGAAACACAAGAAGUCAAAGAAAAAGAACAAAGACAAGCACAGGACUUCAGAAAAGGAUGUAUCUGACAGGAAUGAGGACAGCAGCUCCAGGCGCCACAAAAAAAAGAAAAAGAAAAAGAAGAGGAGGGAUGAGGAGAGAAGGCGUGCUGACAGCCGCUCCACCCCCAGCUCAGUCGAGCAUGACUGGAAGGCCAAGAGUACAGAGGAGAGAGGCAGUCGCAAGCGCCGCCGCAGCUCAGACCGAGAGGACUCUCCUCACAGUGCAAAACACGUUUGCACUGAAGCCCGCCCGCAACUCAAUGGUCGUUCAGAUAAUGGUGUUAGCCAUUACAAUGGGACUGUUCAUGAAUUGUGUCAUACUGGCACGGAUGAGCAAUGGAAAUACAGACAUUUGAACCACAUUUCCACUAACAGUGGUGGGAAGACAGACUUAUGUGGAGGACGAAAUGGAGACACUGGGACCAUGUGCCACAGAGGUGUUUCCUCUGCAGAUGAGCUCGCUAAUGUUCUGUAAAGAGUGAUCCUGUCUCAUACUCAAGACUUGGAACACCAUGGACACAAACUUGAGGAAAAAGGAAAAACUCUACAGCUUCAGAAUGAGCUCCUAAAUACUGAAAGGGUGCUUUAACAACAUACUGUAUUUUUAAGACACAAGAUGUUUUAUUUUUUUUUUAACGUUACCAAUUUUCUUUUUCUUUUUUUAAUCAUACUGUACAGUUGAACUUUUGAAGCAAAACUCAAUGAAAAAAAAAAAAAAGGAAAAAAAAAAGUUAAUAUAUACAAUUAAAACAGAUUAAGAAGCCUGGAGCUUUAACAUCAGAAUUGCUGCUCAGACAUAGACUCAGGACUUUCUCACUUGUGAAGAUGAGACGAAUUCUCCCUUUAAGGAUACGUACCUGGAAGUGAGAGGAAAACUCAACCAACAUGCUGCAUAAGAGGAGAAAGACUGCACUCGUCUCCCGGCUGCAAGCUAUGAUGUCACCAUUCUCACAUAUCUGUUUCAGACUAUCUCAACGGAGCAGACUUUGCUGUUGCUACGUGUGCACUUACACCACAGUUAACCUGGACACACUUGAGGACACCUUUUGAGAUUUGCUUUGCUCCCCCCACCCACAGCAAACCUCCUUUUUGAACCCACCCCCCCUUUUUGUAACUCUUUGUGGCAUUAUUCUCUUUGUUUUUUCUCUUUUAUUCAAGCAAAAUAUAGGCAUUUAUGUUCCACAAUAUCAUGUAUGGCUAUGGAUUAUUUUACGUGUGAGCUGUGUUUUGUUUUUAAAGAAUUACCUUGUCAAAAAUACUGUGAAUUUAAGUUGAACUGUAUUAUCAGUUAUUGUUUUCAGUCCUGUAUCAGGAACCAGUAUAGACACUUCUGUUAGUAAAAACCACUCAGCAUAAUGUAGGCCAUGUUCUGACAUGUCAGCCCCCCCUUUUUACAGCAAAAGGAAGUAAAAAUGGUAUAUUCAUUCAUUUUACUGUAGCAUGUCAAAAUAAAUUUAUACAUUGUACAUUAUACACUGAUUGAGGGAAAAGGCCUUAAUGUCUACAAUUGUAAUAUUUUCUCUCAGUAUGUUUACAAUAUUUGUUGGGGUGAAUGGAUAUGUAUGCGAUGAUGGUUUGAGUGUUUGGCUUUGUAUAGGGUGAGGUCUGUUCUCCCCUUUUGGAUUAAAAAAAAAAGAAAGA